AUGGCAGAUUUGAAAGUCGAGCUGACAGCUCCCAAUGGGCGCAAAAUCACCUUGCCAACAGGCCUUUUCAUAAACAAUGAAUUCGUCAAGUCGAGUUCGGGCGAGAAGAUCACCAGCAUCAACCCUGCGGACGAGAAGGAAAUUUGCUCCGUCGAGGCAGCUUCUGCAGAUGACAUCGACAAAGCCGUCAAAGCUGCCCGGGCGGCCUUCAACGAUCCUUCCUGGCGCGACCUUCCUGCUACCGGCCGUGGGGCCCUCAUGCACAAGUUCGCAGACGUCCUGGAAGAGAACAAGGAAACACUGGCGACGCUGGAAACAUGGGACAACGGAAAACCAUACAGUGUCGCCUUGAAUGAGGAUUUGGGCGAGGUCGUCAACUGCCUGCGAUACUACGCUGGGUGGGCGGACAAGAUCCAUGGAGAGACAAUCCCCACCACACCUCAGAAAUUCGCCUACACUCUCAAGCAGCCCAUUGGCGUGUGCGGCCAGAUCAUCCCCUGGAACUAUCCUCUAGCUAUGGCAGCAUGGAAACUGGGCCCUGCUCUCGCAUGCGGCAACACUGUGGUCCUCAAGCCCGCAGAGCAGACCCCUCUUUCGAUUCUUUACCUUGCGAGUCUCGUCCCUGGCAUCUUCCCUCCAGGUGUCAUCAAUAUCGUGAACGGCUAUGGCAGGGAAGCGGGCCACGCCCUCGCCUCCCAUCUGGACGUGGACAAGAUUGCCUUCACCGGCAGCACGGUCACGGGUAAACAAAUCAUGAAGACUGCCAGCGUCAACAUGAAGAACAUCACCUUGGAAACCGGCGGCAAGUCGCCCCUCCUUGUUUUUGACGACGCCGAUCUCGACCAAGCCGCCAAAUGGGCCCAUAUUGGAAUCAUGUCAAACAUGGGUCAGAUCUGUACUGCCACCUCCCGCGUCCUCGUUCAGGAAGGCAUCUAUGACAAGUUCAUCGAGCAAUUCAAAGAGGUGGUCAAGACUACAUCGAAAGUCGGCGACCCUUUUGCGGACGACACCUUCCAAGGUCCUCAAGUUACCAAGGCUCAAUAUGAGAAAGUCCUCGGAUACAUUGAGAGCGGGAAGUCGGAGGGUGCAACCUUGGCAGCUGGCGGAGUUCCGCACAAGAACGUCGGUGACGGAAAAGGGUUCUUCAUCGAACCCACCGUCUUCACGGGGGUCAAGGACGAUAUGAAAAUCUACCGUGAAGAGAUCUUCGGUCCUUUCGUGGUGAUUGCAUCGUUUAAGACAGAAGACGAGGCCGUGCGCAUGGCGAACGAUACGACCUAUGGCCUCGGCAGCGCGUUGUUCACGAGCAAUAUUGAGCGCGCACAUCGUGUGGCGGCCAGGAUCGAGGCUGGAAUGGUAUGGAUUAACUCGUCGAAUGAUUCGGACUUCAGAGUGCCAUUUGGCGGCGUCAAGCAAAGCGGGAUCGGGCGAGAGCUGGGCGAGGCUGGGUUGGCGGCCUAUAGUCAAACGAAGGCGGUGCAUGUUAAUUUGGGAUUGAAACUGUAA